AUGAGGGGAGAAAGCUCGUCGAAGCGCGCGCGCACACGGAUGGAUCUUGGUGAGGCCGAAUACAUGGACACUCGGCGCCAGGACAGCAGAAUGGGUGGUUCGACGGAUGCUUCACCGGACGACACUAUUUUCUUUCUCGACAACGGCGGCGGUUCGGCGGCCAGCGUUCGCACUCCCAAGGAGAAAGCUCGCGCGAGAGUGCUUCGGAUAGAUGCCAUCAUGUCGAAGCAGGCGACAUCGAAGCCUUUUCCAGUCGCCACGCAUCAAAGGUGCCAGGCAUCAUCAUCUUCAAAACGCUUUUUGAGAGCCAGCAAAAUAUCAAAGCUUCAUACAAACUAUGGAAGGGUCUCUGAGGUCCGUGAAGACGCUGACCAUGUCACAAGAACAUCGCGUGAGAAUACGCAGUUCGGGGCGUUUACCCUCAACGGCCUGGUCAGCGGUGCUUCGGACACACCCAAAGGAGCGGAUCUAUAUAACCUGUGGGGUGGGAAGGGGAGGGACAGACGGAAGUUUACUCACACUAGUGAUGAAACGAUCGUUCCUGCUGCUUCUUCAUUAUUUGCAGAAGCAACACAUUUAGGAUUGCACCAGCUCUGUGGCCAAAGCUGGAAAAGAAGAAAGUUCAAUCGCCGGAACACCCCAAACGUAGAUAUCGCACAGGUAAGUGCAGUAGAUAUUGAUGCCGCAGGAAGCUCAUACAACCCUCCAGAAGAUGCACGUCAAGACGUGGUUGCCAAGGAAGUUGGGAGGAUAAUCUCCACAACGCUUAGAAAGCAUUUCGAUCCAGGCAGGGCACCAGUCCCCGGCAAAGAAACGGAAACAUGCCUGAAUGGGGAGCUGCACUAUGUCCAUGAUUAUUCGGAGGAGGAAGGCGGAGAUGUAAACGAGGGAUGCAAGAACCCGGAAGUGACACGCGUGGGAAAGUUGUCGAAAGCGCAGAAGAAUAAACAAACGAGACGAAAGAAGCAGCAGGCAGAUGAGGAGACAAACAAACGGGCGAAACGGCAGCGUCGAGAUAUCAGCAGCCUGAACGAGUUGGCCUUGCAGAUAAACAAAGAGGAGGAAGUAAAGCGAGAAAGGCUCGCUCGUCGCAAAGUGACCAGACAUGAAAGAAUAUUCAAGGCACCUUCCAGGUUGGGGAAAUACACUUAUCAAUCCGAGCCCGCGCCAGUAUUACUCACAGAGGAGCUCACUGGCAGCCUCCGAACGGUCGCUGGAACUCACACGCUCAUACGCGAGCGGCUGAAGAGUUUGCAGCGCCGCGCGCUAGUUGAGCCGCGCAGGAAGGUUGAUAAGACAAAGAGCAAGAGUUAUAUCAGAUACCAGCCAGGUGAGAAAGGAGAAAGGGAAUCUGAUAUGCACAAGAAGAAACUGGGUGCGAGAGAGAAUUAG